AUGGCAAAUGGUGAUGAUGGGUUUGGGAUGGACAAUGUCACGGUGGAGGAAGAGAGAAGAAAUAUUAAUCCAGUUUUGGAUAGGUGGAAGAGAAUGAAAAACAAAAAUACAAGUGUUAGGAGCAAAUUUGUAGAUAGUGAGGGGGCAUUUGUCAUUAACGAAGAAGUUGGAGAGUAUGAGAUAAAUGAAGUUUAUGAUACAGAAGAGUUGUCCUCAAAUGUAGAUAGUGAUGAGGAUGUGAGGGACAAUAAAAGGCACUUUCCAAAGUAUAAAGCAGAAGAUAUGAUUAAGGGAUUCAAAUUUAGAUUGGGAAUGGAGUUUAAGUGUUUGAAGGAUUUUAAGAGUGUCGUACAGGAGCAUAGCGUUUUGAAUGGAAAAGAAGUUAAGUUUGUGAAGAAUUAUUUGAAGAGGGUAAGGGUAGUUUGUAAGAAGGGGUGUGGUUUUGUUAUUAUGGCUAGCAAGGUAGGAAGUAGGCAAACCUUUAGAGUCAAAACUCUAGUUCGGCACAAGUGUGGAAGGGGUUUUGGUAGCAAAAGUGCAAAUGUAGAAUGGAUUUCACAGGUUUUGGUUGCCAGAUUUGUCAAUGUUGCAUGCAUGACAGUGAAACAAAUCAUAGAUGAAAUACAAAAGUCAUAUAGUGUUGGAAUAAGUCAUUGGAAGGCUGGAAGAGCUAAGAGAAUUGCAAUGGAUUGUUUAAUGGGUGAUGGAGAACGAAAAUAUGCUCGUCUGGUUGACUAUGUGGCUGAGUUAUUAAGAGUGAAGGUUGGGACCUUCAAGAUUAAGGUGAAUCAACCCGAACCCACCCUGCAACCAAGAUUUGGGUCAUUUUACAUGUGUUUGGAGGGCUGUAAGCAGGGGUUUUUAGGUAGUUGCAGACCAUUUAUUGGUGUAGAUGGUUGUCACUUGAAGACAAGUUAUGGAGGUCAGUUGUUAGUUGCAGUAGGAAGAGACCCUAAUGACCAGUAUUUCCCACUAGCUUUUGCUGUGGUAGAAACAGAAUGCAAAGACACAUGGAUGUGGUUUUUGACACAGCUGCUUGAUGAUAUUGGAGGCAUAGAUUGUCAAAG